ACAAUAUGGCGGACGUCUGUAAUUGACGAAAAAAGGUGGUCACGUGCAUCUGAACAGCUGAUCGUGACGUCAGGAAGCAACAUGGCGGACUGGAACAGAGGUCAUGGCUCUGUCGACAGCAUGCUGGAUGCUGAAAACAAACGACUGACUGAUAACUUGGCCAGCAAAGUCUCCCGACUGAAAUCGCUGGCUUAUGACAUCGACAGAGAGGUGGACGAUCAGAAUGACUACUUAGACAACAUGGACUCAAACUUCAUGAGUGCAACGGGCCUGUUGAGCGGCAGUGUAAAGCGGUUUUCCACGAUGGUCCGAUCUGGCAAAGACAAUCGACGUCUCCUCUGCUACGUCUCCGGAGGGCUGGUUCUGGCCUUCUUUCUUCUCUAUUACCUGGUUUCCAGGAUCCAGACCUGAUUUCAGGAGAACAUCGUCAACCUGUGUUGAUGUGAAACUCAGACUGACAAACCUUAGCUGAUAGGCUUGAGUAGCCUCUAAGGUCCUCAUGCUAAGAAAACACCUUUUUGAUAAAAAGAAAUCGGAUGUAUAUAUGUGUAUGUUUAGCUGAACUGAUGUACAGCAGCUGGUAUUUGCUAUCUCAUUUGGGGAAACUAUAGUGAGUGUUGUUAUGCUAAAGAGCAGGGAACAUGUCAACAUGCCGAUGCUUCCAGGAGGUGAGUGAUUCCAAAGUGGAGCAGAAGGAAAGUUUCAUUCAAACACAUCAAGGAGGAACAACUAACUGUUACCUCCAGCCCUGCUAGGUCAUGCUUUCAGUCCAGGUUCUAUAUGAUGUUUACGCCUUGUGAUUGUUUGAGAAGCUUCUAAACAGAAUGGUUGACCCAAUGCCAUCAUGCUUCUGGUUUACCUCAGAUUUAAGUAAGCAGACUGAAUUUACAAAGUGCUAGUCAUGGAGCCAAAACAGCCAGUAGGGUGGGUGUAACAAUAAGGUUGGGUUACUGAACAUGUGAUCACAGCUACAACACACUAGGAUGGGAUGCAACCAGAGCAGUAAAACCUUUAUGAUCAUACGGUCAGGUGUCUGUUAGUUUGCUGAUUCACUUUUUUUUAAUCCCAAGUUAUAGAAAUAAUAAUCAGGGAUGUUUUUGGUCUUUAUAUUGCUUUGAAAAAAUGAACAGAUGAAUUGAUUGAAUAACUUCCUGGCAAUAUGAAAACUUGAUUCCUUUCCUAACAAAUUUAUCUUCAGUAAACACCAUUUAAUGCUGGUCACAAAAAUUCUUGUUUUCUCGUGAAAAGGUCAUUUCUUUUUUGGGGAAAAAAAAGGUUUGUGAGCUCAUAAAGUAAUAGCGGCUUAAAAAACAGUAUUUUGUUUGAUUUGAUUUAUGUAUUUCAAACUGGGUUUUUAAAAACAAGGAAAAAAGCAAUGCAUUCUGUUCAGUUUAAUCCUUUUAUGAUUGUGUCAGGCUGAUUAGUACUUGUUAGUGGAGUCACAAGAGAACUAGGCUGGUGUGUUUAAGAGCCAUUGAUAAACUAAAUAGCUCUACAAAUUAAUUUAUCAUUCCUAUCAGAAAAAAUACUCACAAGAUACUAAGUGUUACCAUAUUGUAAUUUCCAUGUUCUUGUUUUUAUGUUUUACUGUGUUUACUUCACCAAUUAUUAAUAUCACCCAUCGUUAAAUUUCCAGUUGGUUUUUAGCUUAAUUUUUUUCUAAGCAUCCAUAAUAGAAAGUUUAGAGAACUGGAUUUUUUUUGUAUUUUCCAACUCUCCCCCAAGUUUCCAGGUUCUUUGGGCAUGUGUUAGUUUUAACAGCAGACUUUUAUUUACUGAUUGAGCAAUAUUCAUCAUUAGCAAAUUACAACACAGUCUUCUUUUUUAGACCCUAAGUGUUGAGGAAAAAAAGCUGAAAGGGUUAGAUUUGAAACUUUUUCUGAUAAAUUGAUACAGUCUAAUAGGAAACUCUUGAUGUGUAAUGCUUAAUUUAAUAUGGAUGAAAUUCAAACGGAUUUUUCUCAAUAUGUUUAAUGCACUGUGUAACAUACUGUCUGCUUUCAAUUCCUUCCUGCUAUCAGAUUACCUAAAUGAAUUACUCUACCAGUAAAUAAAUGUUUCUCACUAAUAACUUGAUUGUUUCUUCAGGGAUAUAAUGUUAACUUUUCAGAUGUUUUACAAUGCUCAAAUGCAUUAUAGCAAAAUUAAUUACUGUGGUUCAUUUAGAUAUUGAGCAUAAAAUGUUCAAGAUGUUCUAAGUUGUUUUCAGGGAAAGUGCUUUGAUAUUUUGUUUCAUUGGUUGUUUUGGUGGCAUAACUGAAGCACAUAGAACACAUUAAGGAGAACAGUGAGCACUUUGUUACCGUUCAGUAACUUGUCUGAAUAAUAUAAAGAGCACAACCACAGACAUAUAAGUAAGUAGAAAAUAUUGAAACUGAUCAAAAGCCUCCACUUUUUUCUUUUUACUGUUUUUAACUCACUAUACCAGAAAGUUCUGCUGCACUACAAAAAAGUCCUUCAUGGCAAAAACUCUUAAUGUCUUAAUCACAGAUUUAAAAGAAUUUGUUGUAAAUAUUACCUGCAAGUGAUUUAUUUUGCAGUUAUUUUUAUGUUGUCUCCUGUUAAAGGAAAAUGCUUACAUGGUUUUCCAUGGAGUUUAAAUAGAGCUGGUUUGUUUUAAGUGUAUUAUAAGCGGAUGUGAAUGGAUAAUGUCAUGUACAGAGCAAAUUCAAAAGUGUUAAAUGUUUUGGUGGUAGUAGACUUAAUUUUACUCUAAUAGAGUCACAUUCUGUUUAUGUAACUCUGGGGUGUAUAUUAUUAGUAGUUAAAAUCCAGUGUUAAAACAAAGUAUUUCCAUAUCAAAUCUAGAGGUGUUAAAAUGGAAUCAGUAACUCUUGACUUCUUAACUCGGUGCACUUGGUAAGUAAUUUUUUCUGAGUUGGUUUAUAACUAUUAUUUUGAGUAGAGAUCAAGCUGUAUAAUAUACAUCACGUCGCCACACGGCUCGGUGUUAGUUAGUGAUGGGUAAAUGAGGAGUCAUGUAUCGUUUCGACCCAAAGCAAAACUGUAUUGAUACUGUGUCCAUACUGUGUCACUGAAUACUGACACCUGCUGCACGUUAAAAAUCCCAGCAUUUAACGUAGUUGACAGACUGAUUUGAUGACCUAGUCUAUACAAUAAGAUUUAAGUCAUUGUAUUUUAUUGUAUAUUGUAUUAUGUUAUAUCUUCAGUUAAAUUCUAAAUAUAUUUGAUAUUCUUCGAUACAGUCAAUAAAUAAUGUGAACAUGUACCAAGUGAUGAAAAUGAAAGUGAACGUGUUUGAAAUGAGGAUGCUUGUGGACUGUUCCCCCCGACCCCCACACAAAUUUUCAUAAAAAAAAAAAAAAAGUUUUUCCAACAAUU